CCAAUGGCAUGUCAUCGUCACGCCAUUCAUCCAAUGAACAACUCACGUGGCUCACGUGAUUCACGUGACACACGUGUGUACAGCUGAUGACGAAUUCCUCAUCUCUUCUUGGCUCGUCCCGGUCUAACCAAAAUUCUCCAUAGCUCGCCGUUCUAACGGAUCGUGUAUUUAUCUUUCUUUCCGUCCUUCAAUGUGACCUGAGACAGCGCGCAAGUGGCACAUGACGUUCGCAAAAUUUUGGACAGAGUCGGGGAUUCCAAAUUAAUUCGCAAGAUAUCGUUUUUAACUCAUUGACACAACGUAGAAAGUACAAGUUUUAUCUGUGAUCUGUGUGAUCUUAUUUCGUAAUCUGUAUCUUUUUAUUUUCCUCCCAGAUUGUGUUCCACGUUAAAUUCUUAGUAUUAUCGCGCCAACGGCUCGUUCAGCCCAUCAUCAAUCAUGCCUAAAUGCUCGAAAGUUGAUGUGAAGGAGAGCCAAGAUGCAACUUGCUAUAAACGUCACGUAAGCAUGUGUAAAGACGAACGGAAACGCUGCAUAGGAACGAUGAUUUUAACUUCCCUGACGAGCGAGGCAUUCGUCACCCGUUACGAUAAAUUGACAGAGCUCAGCGCGCAGCUCGCGACCAACCUCAGGAUUUCCCAAAGCCUCCAAUUCAAAAGACUGAACACGAGGUGCAAUGGGGAGAUUGUAUCAAGUGAAAUCAAAGGACAGGUCGCAUCUAAUCUUCCUCAUGAUGCCGUGCAAGAUAAUACAAUGCAUUUCACGCAAGAGGCAAGCACAUCUCAGACUUCUCAGGAUGACAGAUCGGAAGGGAAGCACUCUGGUGCUGUACAAAAAUGUCAAAACUCUGUGAAAGAGAGAACGGAGGUCGAUGAGAACGCAAUAGUCUUGGCAAAUAAUGAAUGCAAGACUGAAAAUUUAGUUACAAAUCAGGCCAAUACUCAUAAUAACAAGAGAAAACGCUCGAGAUUGAGGAAAAAUACAAAAAAUAAUGCAGAAGUGGAAAACAAUUCAAGUGUAGGGAAUAUACAGAAAGAAAACUGUGGCACAGAUGAAAUAAAAACCAAUAAUGAAGGGAAGAAAAUGGAAAAAGUGUUCAAGAAGCUAUUUUCAAAUUACAUACCAGUGCCAAGAAUGAUGAAUAUUUUAAAUAAACAAUCAUCAUCCCAUAAUGUACAAUAUAUAAAAGGGCACAUCCGUAUAAAUCCUUUUUGUAGAUAUGCCUAUUUACAUAUGGAUAAUGAGGAACGCGAUCUGCUAAUUGUUGGUCUACCAAACAGAAAUCGUGCUUUUGAGGGGGAUCUAGUUGUGGCAUGUAUACUCCCCGAAAAAUACUGGCACAAGUGUGCCGAUGGAGAAAUACAGAAGACCGGUAAAGUUGUUUGUAUAUUGGAAAAAAUGCAUUCGAGAAAAGCAGUCGGAUAUUUAAAGAAACAGGACUCGCUCUUUGUAUUUUACCCGAGAGAUCAGAGGAUACCACUAGUUGAUAUACUUCCUGAAUCGGUGCCAUCUUUGUAUCAUGAUCAGCCAGAACUUUAUAAGAAUAUAAUAUUUUUUGUUAAUAUUGAUUUCUGGGAGCAACUACAUGCAUUUGGACGGAUUAUUUCAAUAGUGGGUAAAAGUGGAGAGAUAGAUACAGAAUUAAAAGCAAUAAUACUUGAAAAUAAUUUAGAUGUAUCCCCAUAUCAUGAAACGCUGUUAAAAGGACUCCCAGGUAGUGAUUAUACUUUAACAGAGGCUGACAUGAAAAAUAGAGAGGACUGGAGACACGAAUGCGUUUUUUCCAUAGAUCCUCUCACAGCUGUAGAUAUAGAUGACGCCAUUUCUUGUAAAGUCUUGGAUAAUGGAAACUACGAAAUCGCUGUACAUAUAUCGGACGUCACGCACUACUUAGAAUUUUUCUCUCCAUUAGAUAAGGAAGUUCUCAAGCGAGCUACCACUGUUUAUUUACCACACAUGACUUCUCAUAUGCUACCGGAGCAACUAUGUAAAGUUUGUUCCUUACUGCCUGGAAAAGAUAGAUUAGCCUUUUCCGUAAUUUGGGAAAUAACGCUGAAUGCCGAAAUUAUAAAGCAUCGUUUCGCAAAAACUGUGAUAAGAUCGUGCUGUCAAAUGUCUUACGACUCGGCUCAAAUCAUGAUUGAUAAUCCAGACAAGUCCUGGCCUGAAGAUUUUCUCGAAAUAAAGGGAGACUACACAGUAUCGUUAUUGUCUGACAUAGUGAACAAAUUAUUUAAAUUAUCCACUCAAUUGCAAAAGAAACGAUUUGUGCAUGGUGCACUCAGAUUAGAUCAACCGAAAUUACAUAUACGUUUAGAUUUUACGAAUAGUCAAGAACAUGGGAUUCCGAUACCUGUGGACUAUUGUACGUACGAAAGAAACAGUAGCAACAGUCUUAUAGAGGAAUUGAUGCUGUUAGCAAAUAUGACAGUCGCCGAGAAAUUAUUCAACGCAAUUCCUAAAAUGGCUUUAUUACGUAUUCAUAAAGAACCAUCCAAGCACUGUCUCAAUACGGUCUAUAACAUAUUGCAAAAGUAUGGAAUUCAUUUGAAUAUUGAAACAGCUGGAGCCUUACAAGCCAGCAUCAGUCGCUACGAACCAGAAAAUAAUUUCGUUGCUGUUGAUUCUAUGAAAUAUAUUAUGAUGGUCAUCAUAAACCUGUGUUCAAAGUCUAUGACACGUGCAGAAUAUAUAUGCGCAUCUACUACUUCACCGUACAAUUUAAAACACUAUGCAUUAAGUGUACCUCUUUAUACGCAUUUUACCUCUCCCAUUCGAAGGUAUUCUGAUUGCGUAGUUCAUCGCUUGCUCAGUGCAACGCUCGAAAAUAAGCCUUUACCCGAGAAGUGGACGGUUAAGUUGUGUUCCAAGAUUGCAACCAAUUGCAAUGUAAAGAAAUAUAGUGAACUAGCUCAAGAACAGAGCACGGAGGUGUUUUUCGCGUAUAUGGUAGGCCUUGCAGGCGGCUUUGAAGCGGCAGCUAUUGUAAUGUGCGUGAGAGAAGACGGUAUAGAGAUUAUUCUCUGUGAUACUGGCAUAAAGUUAAAAAUAAGUCUUAAGGACAUAGAAUACGUUGCCACAACGAAGUAUUCCGCAAAUGAUGUCCCAACUAUAACUGUUAAUUGGAAGGAGCCUGCUAUUGUACAGAUAAUUAAUUUGUUUAGCAUGGUGCGUGUACAUGUAAACAAAAUUAGUGAAGAAUUGCGUCUGAAGGCAACUCUUCUACCACCGUCCCAACAGUAGAGGUUUAGUUCAUUUGUAAUUGACUAUUUAUGAUUUGAUAGAAUUAUUACAACGUAUGACAAAUUUUCUAACAAUUAGAAAAUAUUAGAAAAUUUAUGAAUAUUCAUGUAUCUCUGUAUACA